UGUGUUAUACGUAGUUUGAAUAAACGACACCGGGUCGUAUUUUGGCGUCAGUGGCACCAAACACAGCGCCGCCAUGAUUAUUAUUCGUCCGGAGUUCGUGAUUGGCGGCAGUCGGCAUUUGCCUGUGUACGCGGAUGGUUGUUCUAUUGUGUGGUAGUUCGGUUAAACCCUGCGUACCGAAAAUGGCGUAGCAAGGUGGUAUAAUGCCAUUAAAUUUAGUCGUGAUUAGUAUACCGUGAGAAGUUAUGAACAGUGCACGACCGCUUGCUACUUGACUUUUCUCGCAUUUGUAACGAUACCGUCCAUUAAAGAGCUACGUGAUAUUCUCGACGGAGCGCGUUUGUCGUAAUAGCAGCGUGAAAAGUGUGUUGUGUGUUGGUGACUCGUACUGUGAUUUGACAACGGAAGUGUGUUCACGUUCCUCGUGACGUUUCGGAGUUUGAACGAGGUGCGCAGCGUUCGUGGAACACGCGUUAUUCGAUCUUUGUGUCGGGAAACUCAAGGAUGGCACUUGUACUACCGAGAAAACGAGCAUUUUUCCUCGUGACAGCUUGACGACCUCGACUCUAGACGAGUUCAAGAUGGCGCCACCGGUAUUUUGACACUUGCCCAAGAUCCGUCAGCUGGAUUUUACAACCGCCCCGAGCUUCGAUUAUUAUGAGCAGAGAAUUUUACGUUCCUUGUACAUCUUACACUUAUCAGGUGAGAAUGCGUACCAUCUAAAGUAGUCUUGUUCAUUAAUGAGUGCAAUAAGUAAGUUGGAACCCGCAGAAUAUAUGAAAUUUCCAUGGACCCAAGUAAAAAGCUAUUCUUCAUGUGGCAGCGGCGGAGGGUCGACGGAGGGGGUGGUCGGGAGCGUGAGUGGUAGCGGCAGCGGUGGUAACAGCAGCAGCGGCGGUGGCAUGGAUUGCAUGCCCAUACGGCCGGGUCCUUUUCAUUACUUGAUAAGCGAGCAGGCUAAGUCGUUGGUGGCCCUGCAGGAGCUGCAGAAUGAGGUCGGCGCCCUUCUCGAGUUUCGGGACCUCGUCAUCGAGACGUUCCCAAACCUCCGGCACAAGAUGGCCGCGACGGCGUCCGCGGGAGCGUCCGUGAUGUCCUCCUCCUGCGCUCAGAAUUCCCACAUACCGUUGCCGCUGUCCAGUCCUUCAUCCAGAAGGAUCAACGAAUGGGAGCCGGGUAAAGUACGGAGAAGAGUUCCUCGAGAGGGUGGCGAGUCUUCGUCGUCCUCGUUGCCCAGAAGUCGUAGCAAUUCGCACAGCGGCGGAACGAAGAACAACUGUAGCGCCACUGUUCAGGAUUCCGGCUUCAGCACCGAGACGUCGUCCAAGGAUAGCGCCUCGACGGCCAUAGCACCUAGACCGAACAGUCCGAGGCCGACCGUGCUGGACGAGGCUGAGGACGAGUUAUGGAAUCUCCUGGACGUGAUCCAUCGCAAGGGAAUUAGGCUUAGAGAGGAGGUGGAGUGUCUUCAGGGUCGAUUAGAGAGCGUGGCAACCGAGGAUCUUGGCUCCACGGAUAUCUUGGACGCGGUGAGGAAAAUCACCUGUCUGGACGACGAUAGAACGGCGACGGUGCCCACGGAGGAUAUCAACAAGGAUGAGAAGGAUAGAGAUUCGCAGGUGAUAACGCUCAGAAGGGAGAAGGAACAACUGCUGGACAAGGUGGCCGAACUCGAGGCUGAAACUAUAUCGAGUCGGGCUAGGGCGCAGGAACUGCAGUCAGAGUUAGCCGCUUUGUCCGCGUUGAAGACUGGUCUGGAGGAUCGACUGAGGGCUGGACUGAACGAUACUUCCUCGGACAUCCUCGUGCCGGGCGCACAAAGACUGCAACCAAUCGCGCCCGUUGUUUCCUCGCCGAAGAACAACAGUGUUAGCAAUAUUAAGAGUAAGUCAUCGGCUUUCGCGUCGGUCGCGACGUCCGCGAAGGCUCACAAGAGCCGUUUCCGCACGAGGACCAUCGAGAAGAACGUCCUGCUCGACGUCACCGCGCAUAACGAAGAGCUGAGGGACAUCGACGUCGAGGCGAGCGUGAACGAGAGGAGGGCACGUUUGGGAGCGUUGGAUUCCGUCCUUGUGUCGCCGACCAGGGUGGCGAACGUCAAGGACGUCGACUCGAAGAAGAUCGCUGCCAUUCUUCGGGAACGCUCACCUCUCGAACUGCAGCGGCAUUUGAUCACCACUACCGUCCAUAAUCAAGUCCUACAGAAAAGGUUAGAUGAAGUAGAAAAAAGCACAGAAACUCUGUCGGAACGAUUAGACAAGGCACGCGAGGAGAACGACGAUCUACGUUUCCAGCUCGAAGAAAGGAACAUCGAGCUGGAGGGUACUCGAGCACGCGUGCGCGUGUUAGAGAGACUUCAGCAGCGGCCGCCAACGGAAGGAGAUCCGGAGGUGGACGCGGAUCAGCCAAGAUGCGAGCAAAGCGGUCUCGAGCCUGGAAGUAGCACGGAAUCGGCUCGCGAUCAUCAUCAAGCGGUCGAGGUGAAACCAUCACCCCGACGGCGUCCUAGUCGCAUACCUUUGCUGGGUGCCAGUUCGAAAACAACGGCGCCCAGACCGCCAAGCCACGGAAGGAACGACAGCAAAGAAUCAUUGAAGUCGUUAACGAGACCUCCGCGUGAUUCUAGUCGCGACAGUCACGGUGGAAAGUCCCUGUCGAAGGCACGCGACUCGAAUCGUGACUCUCUCGGCAACAAGAGCUUGACGAAGAACAGCAACAACAAUAAUAACAACAACAACGGUAGCAGUAACGGGAACAACAACGGGAACGGAAACAGCAAGGAGACGAACAGGGAGUCCCUGAACAGGUCCCUGCCGCGUAACAAUUCCAGCCGAGACUCCUUAAAUAAAUCCUCCUCGCUGUCCCGAGCCCGAGACUCGCUGGAGUCUAACAACCUCGGCACGUCCUCAUCCCCGGGGACGACUCCUCCUCGACGACCGCCCGCUCCUGCACGCCGUUCCCACAGCUUGGCCCGCGCGGCAACGUCCGUUGAUACCGAGAACGGCAAGAGUUGCACCGAACCACCGAGUUCCUGGUGUUCAACGAACGGCAGCUUCCGACACAGCGACUCCUCUUUGUAUCCGGACUCGUUAAACCAGGAGACGUCAUCGUUGACUGGCACCACAAAAGUGGAAUUCAUCAUCGGCUCGCCGACCAGACGAUUUCGACAAAGCUCUGUCUGGCCACAUCGUUAUUUCGACAGCAUAGAUUCCGCGGCCAUGUUAAACGAAAGUCUUUUGACCGAUGAAUUUUCGCUUCGUCGUGGCGAAGCUCUCGCCGAGUGCGAUUCGCUCGAGUGUCAACCGAUAUCAAACGAGAGCUGAGCCACCGAGUUUAGCGUUUGCCGAAUCGCGUUAUGUUUAAAGAAUCUUGAUAUGCGUUAUUUUCUUGAAUGGAAUUUGGAAAAUUCUUUGUGCUCGAGCAGAGGACGGUAUUGAACGAUAUUGUUCUCUUUAAUUACUUAAUUAUCUUAAUUAAUAUUCUGAAUAAAUUAAACUGUUUCUGGAUUAUUAUGAGGAACGUGGGACGCUCAAGCUCUACUUAAAAGGUAAAAAUUAUUGCAAGAUGUAGUGAAAAAUUGAAACAUUUUAACUAAGGAUGAUAGGAUAACUUUAUUCAGUAAUCUAUAAAUUAAAACAUUAGCGAAUGAAGUUAUUAGUGUAUCUAAUAUAAUUUUUAUUAAUCUGACAGAGAAGGGGAUAUACGAGAUGUAGGUAAUAUUUAAUUCUCUUAAUACAAUAAUUGGAAGAUAGUAUUCUGUAGUAAUAAUCAGUAUUGUGGAAACUAAAAGAAGAAAAUAGAGUUGACUUAAUUUGUACAUAUAACGAGAAAGAUUUAUAGAUGUAUUAAGUUUGAAUGAAUUGAUAAACAGUUUUGAGAAUCUAAAACAGAAGAAUAAAGAAUGUAUUUUAUAUUAUUUGGAUAGGCAUUAAUUUUAAUCUUUGUGAUAUUUACAGAUGUAUGCUUAGGUUUUACUCUCUGCAAAUAUUCACAAACAUUGUGGAUCCGAGUGAUUGGAAAAUAUAUAAUUUUUCAUAAUUUGUUAUAAAAUUUGUACAAUAUAUUAGCGAAGAAUUAUGUACAUAGCAGGUUGAAAAUAUCGAAGUGUUUGAAAUUCAGUAUUCAGUUUUUAAAAGUAGGCAUUAUUCGAAAAUAAAAAACAAUCUUUUGUGUCGUUCAGAUUAUUUAUAUUGUUCGAAUUCUUUUAAUUUUAAAAAUUAUUAAAGACAGGUAUGCAGAAAGGAAGCAGAAAUAUUUCACAAAAGAAUAAAUUGAACCACUUAUAAAGGAAACUAGAUAAAGAAGCAUAAAUUAUAAAAAAAUAUCAAGAUUCUUUAACAUAUAAUAAAGCUUUUCACUCUAAGGGAUUAAAACAGGGAUUUACAUAAUCUUCUUUUCAGCAUUUUUAAAAAAAUCUUAUUUUGCAUUUUGUGUGCAUUUUUAUCUUACAGAUUGUUUUGUAUCCAUUUUACGUAUUUCAGACGCCGUGGAAUUGUAUCUGUAUGUUUUUCGACUUAACAUCUAACAAAACGUUUGCUUUUAUUUGUUCAAAUAUCUUAGAUGUUUGCAUUAUAGAAUGGAAGAUUAAACAUGAUACACCGAUGUGUGUUCAUUUGCAGUACAUUGAUGUGUAAAAGUUUCGAGUGAAAUUUUCUUUGUAUCCUUUUUUUUAGCCUUUCGACGAAUGAAUUUAACUUUUAAUCGAUCCGGUUGAAAUCAUUGUAAUCCGAGAUAAUGGUUGUGAAAUUUACUGUUUUCUCAAUUUUUUACUUUGCUUUUUUUGUUAUGAAUGGAGACACUGUCGGUGAAUGAACAAUAAAAGUCGAGGAUAUUUAAGUACACUUUUGAUCAAACCGUUUCUAUAAAUAUCAACUAAUAAUUUAAUGCAUUACCAUUCUCAUUGCAAUGUAUAAUAUUUCAUAACAAUUCGUUAGUCAUCUAUAUUCAAAAAGAAGAAAGAAAUGGUUAUUUUCAAUAACGUGCAAUUGUUUCUAUGAAUUAAGCGUUACUUAUAUGGAUUUAUAAUAUUAAUUUAUAUAUUAUCAUAGUUAUUUGAUACCUUGAAAAAAAAAAUUAAGAAACUGUAUCAGCCUUCAAUUUGAAAAUGAAUAGAAAUAUUUAUUACAGAUUAUUAAAAUAUGAUACAUUUUAUUUUGCGAAGAAGAUUCUACGAUUAUUCGUUACAACUGAAUAUAUAAUAUUGAUAUAUAUUAAAAUCGAAAAUUAUUUCUGUUGAAAUAAUUUCUUUAAAUGAUUUCGUUUCAUUAUUAUCAUUAUUAUUAUCGAUCCAAUAAGUAUUCGCUCAAUUUUGAUGAAUUUAAAAUGAAUCUUUUCUGAUUAUGUAAUAUAGAAAAAAGAAAAGCAAUCAUGUAUACUUAAACUUCAAGAAUGAGUUUGUUCGACAAACUUUUGAUUACUUGAUAGUUAUUUCCAAUCGACCGUAUAAAUGAAGUUUUCUUUUUAAAUGUAUAUUUCAGUGCAUGUUAUAUUUGUAUCUUUAUAUCUUAAGACUGCACCUAUCAGCUGAUAUGAUAAUUGUCUUUGUUAUCGUCGAACUGUCAUUUUUUUUCUUUUACGGAACUAACUACGUAUCGGUAUAAUGAAAUUAAUUUAAUAUUUAUAGCGUUUACACAACAAGAAGAAAUGAUAUUACGACCGUUAGCACAUUCCAUGCUGCAAAAUCAAAGAUUAACAAUCUUGUAUUCCACGUUAGCAUUUUGUACCUUUCGUUAAAACUUGCGUUGUGAUUAAUGUAACUUAUUUAUUGUGUGCGUGUGAAACGUAAUUCGAUUUUGUACGUACUCUCAUCGUCCUUAACGAGGGACAUUCGUGGAACGUCCCUUUCGAACAAAAAUAAAAUAUAUCCCUUGGGACUUUAUCUACGAGUUUAAAAAGGGGAAAACGAGACGAAAUAAACAUUUGUGUGGGUGUAAAGAUUGCCUGGAAGCUUGUUUAGAAUCACAUAUCACGCGAACUGCCAUAAAAGAAAACCGUAUCUUCAUUCGUAUUCAUCAAUUCUAGGACUUAACAAGCUGUCGGAUGAAAAAUCCAAAAUCGUAACUCAUCUCUAAAGAUAUUCAAAGCAUUCCUUUCUAAGAAACAUUUCUUCUGUCAAGAAUUUUUACUAACAUUUUAUAUGAAGUACAUCGUUCCCGAUUUUGUAUGUUUCAAGGAAUUAUGAGGUGAAUUUUAGUGACAUGGAUUUACAUUUUCCUGGACCAAUUUAGUGACUGGCAUCGCUAAUUAGAUGUACAAUAGAAAGAUAUUAGAUUGAAUGGUAUUACUAUUGUAUUAGUAACGCGAGGUAGCGAAUUGGAAGUUUGGACAUUGAAAUUUUAAUUAUUUGAAAUAGGAAUAGUUAAUUUUUGAGUUUCAAAGUUUUAGAUUUCGAACGUUCCAAUUUUAAGCCUUGAAACUUUGAAAUUUCAAAUUUCAAGCUUCCAAAUUUCAAGAUUAGAAAAUUUUUAUUUUCCACUCGACAUCAAUAUUAUUACUAUAAUAGUAAUGCUGUCUAAUUCUUCUUUUCUUUCCUUCUACUAAUUACUCAGUUACAUUGCAUUUGAGGUGUCAUAGCAAUCAAUAUGUUAACUAAUUAAAAUAUCAAUACCUCUUACAAGAACUGUCUACUUUCUCUUCGGCAAUCAACAUGCUAAUGUCAAAAUCUAAAUAAAUUGUUUCUUUAAGAAAAUUAUUUCAAAACUAACCGAAGUCCUUCGAAAGAAUAGAGAGAGAGAGAGAGAGAGAUACGUAUGAUAGCUGAUCGAAGAAUAAAAAAAAGUGAAGAUUAAUAAAAAAGCGGACGUGAUUUUAAUCCUAAACGUAGCAUGUUUGAUCUAUCGUUAACGACUCGACGAAACACUACGUACCACACAGUUCCUUGCUUCAACCAAUUUCGUUAUUUAUACAAAGAGGAAAAAGAAAAUGAUGAAAAAGUAAGGGAAAUAUAAGGUGGCGACUACGAGAACAUCGAGCUUGCGUUUAAUCACGUAAUCAAAUGUAAAGAAAGAGAAAAUGCGUGAUACUUGUGAUCAACAUAUAGCCGAGUUCUCGUAUAGGACUGACAGACUUUACUUAUAUAUAUAUAUAUAUGUAUAUUGUAUUAUUGUUUUAGUGCCUAACUAUUUUUAUGCGACUAGAAGAUACCAAAACCGAAACAGUGCGUGACUUGUCGCGACGAUAAUGGUGGUUUUCCUUUUUUAUUUCUGUCGUCGCGAUUCGACGAAAUGAAAACGAAUAUACAGGAUGUUUCAUAAGACGUGGGAUCAAUUUUAGCCAUAACUUAUCAAUACAAAAUCAAUGAAAAAAUUUUUUAUUGAAUUUUUUAUCAAAAGCCCCAUCGGGGAUUUAGGUACUUAACCAUUGUUCUGUUAGAAAUAAUUUUCAAUUGCAGUUUAUUCAACUUAAUUUUGAAUUAAAGUUAAAUAAAAUUCUGAUCCCCCAUUAGUUAGUCUUACCCACAAGUUACAGUAUUUUGUCUCUUCAAUAAAUUUCAAGAAAUCUUUUAGUUUAUAAAUAAAAUAAUUAUUCAGAAAUAGUGUUUCCAGCGGCAUCAUAAAUCUAGCACAAAUUGUAACUCGAUAAUUCCUAUUAGCUGUAAGUAAUAUAAAAUCUAGAUCAUGAUUGACCCAACCACCAUUAUUCGAGGGUUGAAAUGAAUUACACUAUAAACUUUCAAUUUAUCAUUCAGAAAUAUUAAAAUAGAAAAUGGCCACAACUUUGAAGGGAACUCAAAUAGAAUACAUAUUUGUAUGAAAUUUUUUCAUUGGUUUUGUCCUCUACGUUGGUUAUUAAAAUGAUUCUUAUGUGUUAUGAAAUAUACUGUGUAUAUACGAAUGAAAAAAAUGCUCAGAUACCAAUAACGAACGUUCGUGCACACAGCCGGCGGACAAAUAUCGUGUGCCGACUGGAGGCUAUUAUUUUUAUACCUUUAAUUAACGACUGUGAGAACGAGAGCGAAGAGAGUGUUGUGAGCGUACCGCGUUUGACGUUAGCAGCUUCCUUUUCUUCUCGAUGAUAGUGAUUUUAUCGUCGUUGUAUUAUACUUUGAUUUCUAGGCUUACAGAGUCGAGCCAAGCCAUUAAGCUCGGUCUCGUCGAUGUUGGAAAAAAUUUGAUCGCACCAACUGGACGAUAUUUGUAUAUGUACAUACGGUACGGCAUUUGUGAAUUAUUUAAAAGUUAGAUGAAAUGUACAGGCGAAUCUGUGUAACGAUAUCCGCGACAAUGUGAUCCGAUUAAUAAAUACGAUAUUACGUA